AUGCAUCCAAGCGGCUACUCCAAUGUCUCGGACGGGAAAUCUACGGUGAAGAAUGCUGCGAGGCGAUGGAAGGCAGCUCAGGAUUGCUAUUCUGCGUGCCCAUGUCGCUUGCUUUGCCCGAAAACGACUUUGGUCGAAAUGGAUCGAAAUGGGACAAUGGCAGACACCAUCGAUGUCCAUGCUGCUUGGACACAGAACUACAACUCAAUGUUCUUGUGUUCUUGCUUGUGGGAGCAAAACUUUGACUCUGACUCUUGUUGGCUGGCAGUUAUUUUAUUCGUUUCAGCGAUGCUGGCCUGCUGA